AUGUCUACCCAGAUACAGAUCCUUCGAUUCCAGGAUCUUUUCGAUCGAGAUAAAUACUACGUUUUCAAUCGGGUCGCAGUCGAAAACGAUGUCACAAAUGAUACACUGACUACCAUCCAUCCAUCUCAAGCCAAAUCACACUACAUCUUUCAGCACGAUCGUGACUCAACUGAGUCUCCGGAGUCACUUCCGAGUCUCCCGUAUCCUGGAAGGCUCAAUUGGCCGGGGCUCCUCAAAUACGCCUACCCUGGCAUCCUGACGUCUCAUCUCAGCAGUCAUGGCCACCAGCAGUCACUUGAUGUUAUCUGCAAGGUCGUUUCCAUGAGCUAUAACAACAACAGAAUCGCACAUGAGCUCUUUUUUUACAAGAAACUGGAGGAUCUUCAAGGUCGCAAGAUACCUGAAUGCUUUGGAAUGUUCGAGGGACAAAUAAAUGGGGAGCGGGUGGAAUGUCUUGUGCUUGAAUACUGCGGUGAGCCCGUCGAGGACUUUCGUACUACUUCAUGGGAAUUCAGGGAGGAGCUGGUGGAUAUCGUCCAUGAGCUACAUGCACAAAACAUACACCAUGGCGGUUUAUAUAAAGAAAACAUAUUAUACCGCCAACGAUUGGAACCAGACGGCGCUACCGCGUCGAUUGAAGCACCAUUGAGUGGCAAGCACAUUGAACCGGUCCUCAUCAAUUUUGGAAACGCAUCCCUCGGUUUUCAGUGUGAUGCAAUGAAGACAAACCAAAGGAUCCAGCUUCGCGUGGAAGAGCCUCAGGCCAAGGAUUUGAUAGGAUGCCAGCAAUUGCUUCGUUUUGCCCGCAGCAUCUCUGCAUGGUAUCCGUCUACAUUCAAACUGCAGAAAUGCUCUGUUCCGAUAGAGCUGAGGGAUUCCCCUAUAGAAAAAUUAAUCGACGCGGUGAAGGAGAGGAGAUAUUACUCCGAUGAGGAAAUCAGAGCGUUGGACGUGAACGUAAUUGAGAAAGAACGACGCCAAGCACUGGAACGCUACGACAAGUGGAUCAGGACGUGGAAAGCAUGCGAGAAAUAUUCAGACGGAAGCCAAGCAUCCACGUUGUAG